UUUAUUUGUCAAUUUUGUUUGGUAUUAAAAGUUGAAAUUAAUAAAUUGUACUUUUCCACAGGGCUUAUAUUCAGAAUCUAUUUGCUUUUUAAAGAUUUUCAAGGCAAAAUUCUUGCAGGCUUAUUUUGAUAUAAGUUCCUAGAAAAGUAACCUUUAAAUAAUGGCGGAUCGUCUCACACAAUUACAAGAUACUAUAAAUCAGCAAGCAGAACAUUUCUGCAACAGUAUUGGUAUACUGCAGCAGUUUUCAACACCUAGCAAAUUCCCUGGUUUCGAUCGCAGUGGCUCGCAAACGCCACAACAACAGCAGAAUCAAGAAGACUAUGCUAUGCUCUUUGCCACGUUAAUUUCACGAUGUGCUAAGGACAUUGACACACUUAUAGAGUCUCUGCCCAGCGAAGAAAGCUCCACGGAGCUUCAAGUGCAAAGCCUGAGGAGAUUAGAAGCUGAAAAUAAGGAAGCCGCGGAACAAUUAGAAGAGGUUGUACGUCAAGGAGAGAUAUUACUGGAAAAGAUUCAAGGAGCUCUCAGUGAUAUUGCACAGUGUCAGCUGGAUAUGCAGAACCCAGCAUUAAUCCUCAAUAAAGAUGUGAAACCACAGUUAUAGGGUUUAUGGAAAUACGGUGGAAACCGUAGAUGAUAAAAAGACUGUUUUAGACAUACUCAAAGAAUAAAACUUUAGUGUAUAGUGCUGUUAAAUCUCUGACCAAGUUCAAAUAAAAGUAUAAAUCUUGUCUAUGAGUGUGCAUUAACUUUUUUUUAAUUACUGCUUAAAUGUAUUUGUCUAUGCACAUGUAACAGCCAAUUAUAGUGCUAUAAACUUAUUUGGCUUUGUGGGCAGUGAAACUUUAAUAAUCAUCUGGUCUGUAAAGUUUCUGACAGAAAUAAGCACGAUACUUCUCCCACAAGACCACAAGUUUGUGGAACUAUGGUAUUCUAAACUUUCUUGAAGUAUUUCAUUCUAGUACUUGAUGUAAAAAAAAAUAUAUAUACAGACAAAUUUGUCUGUACUCAAUUGAGUACUUCCUUCUUUUGGGAAGUCGGUCAACUACUUUAUAUUGUCUUGUGUUAAGUUCUUGUAAUAGUUGGUAAAGUAUUCAAAAGUUAUAAGAUAUUACAUGUUAAUUUUAUGUAUUGAAUUAAAGAUUUAAGGAACCUU